UACCAAUUAUUUUAUUUUGUUUGUCAGUUAUACUGUGACCACGUGUGGAGGAGCUUGUGUGUGAUGUGAUAAUACUGUGGAAUACGGAAACUUACAAAAAACAGUAUGCUGCCAAAGAAGUACACAUGGCUGAUUCUUCUCUCUAUUUUGUCCUUCAACGAGGCUCUCCGGGUCCUAGUAUGGUUUCCCUUGUUCUCCAAGAGCCAUAACAUUCUAGGCAGAGGAGUAGUCAACCAUCUUUUGAAAGCUGGCCAUGAGGUCGUCCACGUCACAAGUAUGCCUCAAAAAACUCCUGUACCCAACCUAACUGAGAUUGAUCUGUCAUCAAUUGAAGAAGCCUUCAAGCAGGAUAAGGAAAGCAACGAACAUUUCAAACUGAAGAAUCUAGUCGGUCAGAAGAACUUUGGAGAUUCCAUCUUCUUUCUGUACCUGUCCUAUGAGAUCAAUAAGGUUUCGCUGGAGCACGAAGCAGUGCAGACGUUCUUGGCAGAUCCGAAGCAGAAGUUUGACGCCGUCAUUUUGGAAUGGUUCUUCUCUGAUUUCAUUGCUGGGAUAGCACCCCUCUUCAACGCCCCGUUGAUUUGGAUGGGGUCAACCGAAGCCCACUGGCAAGUCCUGAAGCUGGUGGAUGAGAUCCCGAACCCGGCGUAUAGUGUAGACCUGUUCUCUGUGAAGAGACCGCCUCUUACCUUCUGGGAGAGAAUGGUGGAGCUGUGGACAUUGGCGAAGAGAUAUGUAAUCAUUAAUGGUGUGGUUGUACCCUUCGAGAAGCGACUCUACAACACAAUAUUCCCUGAACUCGCAGCCAAGAGAGGAGUCACCACGCCUGGAUACGAUGACGCAGUGUACAACGCUUCCUUAAUGUAUUUGUACUCCCAUCCAUCCAUCGGGACCCCCUUCAGGCUGCCCCAAAACGCCAAAUAUGUGGGAGGGUACCAUGUGGACACCGAAGUUAAGGCUUUGCCUAAGGAUCUCCAAAAGAUAAUGGACGAAGCCAAAGACGGAGUGAUAUAUUUCAGCAUGGGGUCCAAUUUGAAGAGCGUCGACAUGACGGAAAAUAUGAGAAAUUCGCUUCUAAAGAUGUUCUCCAAAUUAAAACAAAAAGUCAUUUGGAAGUUUGAAGAAGAUCUCCAGAAUGUUCCCGCGAAUAUUCAUUUAGUCAAGUGGGCGCCACAACAGAGCAUUCUGGCACACCCAAAUCUGAAAAUGUUCAUCACCCACGGCGGACAGCUCUCUACAACAGAAGCCAUCCACUUCGGAGUCCCAGUAGUGGGCAUUCCAGUCUUCGGAGACCAGUACGUCAACACGAAGUCAGCAGUGGACAAGGGAUUCUGCAUCUCUGUCACACUGGCCGAAGAUAUGGCUGACGAUAUCUAUGCCGCUGUUCAAGAGAUUCUGCGGAACCCUGCCUACAAAACCAAGGCCAAGGAAUUGUCGGCGAUCUUCCACGACCGCCCCAUGAAGCCUGGUGAAGAACUGGUCUACUGGCUAGAGUAUGUGGUCAGGACCCAUGGAGCCAAGCACCUGCGGUCUCCAGCAGUCAACGUGCCGAUGUACCAGAAGUUGUUCUUGGAUCUACUACUGGUUGUGGGGAUAGGGUGUUAUGUAUUGUGCAAAAUUAAACAGAAAGUGUUUGGCAAAAGAAAAGCAGAUAAGCCUGUUAAGAGUGGGAAGAAGACUAAAACCAAUUAGAUUAUGAUUUCAUGUGUCAUUUAGUUAAUUUAAGCUUAUUGAUGUAAGUAAUAAAAAUUUUUUACAAACCUU